AAAAGGAUGAGUGAGCUGAGCCUGUGCGUGUGUGGCGGCAGAGAAGAGGUGAAGAUGGCCAGGAUUUUACCUAUUACACUUUUAUUGUUGUUCUUGGCCAUUUCCGUUGAAAGUGUCAUUGACUGUCAAAAGUUAGAUUUCUCUGAUCCUAUUUUACCAAUUCCAGGAUCAGACUUACCAUAUUGUUCACUUGAAGACACGGCCCAAUGUUGCACUGAAAGUCACUUAUUGAGAAUGAAGGCUAAUAUCACUGAGGAUCUCAUUACUGGAAUGCAAGAAGAUCUUCAUGCAACAACUAGUCUUUGGAUGGAUGCUUAUUCUUUCAGUAAAGCUACAAUUGAUGAAUUUCUGUCUAUUUUCAUUGACAUAUUUCCAUUUCCACAUCAUUUGUCACCAGUGGCAUCAUUCUAUCUAAACAAUACUGCAAAAGUAAAAUUGUUCCAGCAGCUACAUCCCAAUUAUGCCAUAGAUCUUAUGUUUGAUUUUGAGAGUUACAUUACGAACAUGACUGCAACACUGAUUGAAAUUUUUACUCAAAGUAUUCCAUAUGAAGCUUCACAAAAACAAUGCCUUCAAGAUCUUAUCCAUAAUCACGUUGACACUGACUCUAUUCAGAAAACUGGUGAGGGCUUCAGAAUCCUUCAAUUAAUAUUUCAGUCGUUGAGAAAAAUAGAAAUGUUGCUUAAUAGAUUUGAUGUUUUAAAUACCACAGCUUACUAUCCAUCAGAGCAGUGUCUUGAAUCAAUUAUAACACAGUAUUGUGCUCAAUGUGUACGGCUUAUUCCACCUUUAUGUGAAAGUACCUGCGUACAGGUAUAUAGUGCUUGUCAGUCACCACUGCACGAGAGUCUAUUGCCACAAUUUGAAGCUUUGUGGAAUAUCAGCCGUCAGUUAGUGUUUCUUACUCAAUCACUAAUGAACAACACUGUUUUGUGUCAUACUGUUGAGAUCCUUUCUCCAAAUACACUCUUUAAUUUAAGUAGUCAGUCACAACAAAGAUGUGGCAUAAAUUUGUUAGAACUCCUUAAUGGCAUGAGGAGGAAGAGAUCAGUUGAUGCAAUCCCUAUCCCAAAUUCACUUAAAUCUGCAGUUGAAAGUAUGGGAUCUGUUCGAGGAGUCUUUAAUUAUGUGAGUAUUCCAACUUUUUGUCAGCUACAAACUUCUGCUAAUAAUUGUUGGAAUGGUUCGCAUACUGUGAACAGUGACUCGAUACUAUUCUCGUCAUAUGACAUCAAGGAACAGGCUAACAAUUCUGCAUACAAUUAUAAUAUUUACAAUUUCUAUCAACAAGCAGCAUUAUUACAAGCUCCGAUUUUACUAUUUGUUACAGAUGAAGACUUUAUCAAAACACUUCCUAGUAAUAUAUCAAUUCCUACUAUAAAUUUACCCACUGCACCACCACCCACAACUCCCUCACCUACUUCUACUAGCUAUAGUGUCACAACAACAAAAUAUACCACCUUGCCAACAAUAAUAAUAACAUAUCCCAGUGCUGCGACUUCAUGUAGUCACUCACACACUCUGUUGUUACUAUUAGCUUUUCUUAUUUUAUUAAUUUUCCCAUUUGUAUAAUACCAUAUAUACAUUGUUUGUCAUUGCGUGUGUAUUAAUUUUUAUAUUUUAUUAAAAUUACAAAAAUGUAGGAGGCAUUACAACAACUUUAA